AGAAACUUUUCAAUAGCACACAACAGUUAGUAUUAGAGAAAGUAAAUAUUUUGAAGUUCCCUGUUUGUAGUUUCGGUUGAAAUUCGAAACCUUACGUUACGAAAAUAUAUAUAUUUACUGCGAUAAGCUAACGUUUAGCAUUCGAAAUUGUAUAUUUUGGUGUAUUUUUACAAAAGCCAAAAUAGUUGCUAUUUCCAUAACUCUAACGUCAUGGCUGAUGAGGGAGCGAAUCCGGAAAAAGAAGCAGAAAAGAAAAUCGUGCACACAUAUCCGCUUGUCAAGCAUUCAGAUAUGAACGAAGAAAUGCGCACAGAAGCUAUAGAGAUGAGUAUUACAGCUUGUGAAAAAUAUUCGAGCAAUUAUGAGCAAGCGGCACGUGUUAUCAAGGAAACCAUGGAUAAGAAGUUCGGUAUUUAUUGGCAUGUGGUUGUUGGUGAAGGCUUUGGAUUUGAAGUUUCCUACGAAACCAAAAAUAUUUUAUACCUUUUCUUCGGUGGAAAUUUAGCAAUUUUGCUAUGGAAAUGUUCAUAAUAACAAGAAAGACAAAAACUGAAAUACAUGUGUGAGUGUGUGUAUGUAAAAACGUUACUAUGCAGAAAUCAGUUAAAAACGAAAUUACAUACUAUUACGUAAAGAAAAUAUUAUAAUAAUUGCAGUGCAGUCCGAAAGUUGGAAGAAUUUGACUAUUUAGGGAACAAAUAGGGAAAGUGUAUAAAAUUUAGUAAAAUACCACAGAAAACAAAUGGUUUACAUACCCGUACCUAAAUUUUAAUAAAACUUAUAAUAUUAAUAAGAACAUAUUAAUAAAAAAAAUCAAAACAAAAUAUGAUAUGAAACUUGGUGAUCACCUAAAUGCAAUACAAUAAUUGUAAAUA